GCUCAUUAAAUUCAGGAAGUAUGGGUCUUAUGAAGAGCAUCGAGAAGUUCAAACCCCAGGCGGGCUGCCAGCUUGCCACUUAUGCUUACUGGUGGAUUAGGCAGACAGUAAGGAAGGCCAUAUUUCAAAAUUCCAGGACAAUACGUUUGCCGGAAAAUGUGUAUGCCCUCCUCAGCAAGGUGAUGGAAGCAAAGAGAUCUUACAUUCAAGAGGGACAUCAUCAUCCAAGCAAAGAACAAGAAGCUAAACGUGCUGGAAUUUCAGUCCACAAGUUAGAAAAACUGGCAUCUACUACAACACCACCCCUCUCACUGCAACAGCCUUUGUGGGCAGACCAGGAUACCACCUUUCAGGAGAUAAUCGCAGACACUGGGGUUGAGAUCCCGGAUCUAAGCGUCUCUAAGCAAUUAAUGAGAAGAGACGUGCGCAACCUCCUAAGCACGCUUAGCCCUAGAGAGAGGCAGAUCAUGAAGCUAAGAUAUGGCAUUGACGGCGGUGAACAAGGGUCACUCUCGGACAUUGGAAACAUCUUUGGACUGUCAAAGGAGAGGGUGAGACAGCUGGAGAGUUGAGCGCUGUACAAGCUGAAGCAAUGCCUCAGCGGCCAUGGCCUUCAUGCAUAUGGUCAUUUGAUUAUUCAAUCGUAUUUGUCCCAAGUGACAUAUUAAGUGGUCAAAGGGAUCGCAAUCCAGAAGAACAAAUCUCAACGGUACAAAAAUCGCGAAGAUCAUUAUAAGCAGCAGGCAAUGCAUCGAUUUUCUCGAAAGGCAUCGGCUAUGACCUAUGUUUAAGAUAUCAGCAACUUGACAAAACUGGGCAAAUUUCUGCACCAUUUAUCUUGUAAGGUUCAAAAUUGUAAUUCAUUUGUAUAUUCUUGUAAGAGCCAUGAAUUAUUUGAUUAUGUCUGUCAAUAUCACCAAUGGAAAUGUUUCCUAUUUCUUAUCUUG